UACCUAGUCAUCCUUGUUUAUCUCCCGCAGCGAGUCGAGCGUGUCUUUUGUAAGUUACUCAACUCCCCAGGAUCGGUCUUCCAUACGAUACUGUUGACAACCUCCUUUUUUUUUCAUGAGCGAGUGACAGCCUGCUUGACCCCUCUAGGGUCAGCUCAUCCAACAUGACUUCUCUCAAACAGUUCAUUCGGAACGUGCGAGCCUCCAAGACCAUCGCCGACGAGCGCGCUGUUGUGCAGAAGGAAAGCGCGGCCAUAAGAGCGAGCUUUCGAGAAGAGAGCGGAGAUUCAAACAUAAGACGCAACAAUGUCGCCAAACUGCUAUACCUCUUCACUCUCGGCGAGCGAACGCAUUUCGGUCAGAUCGAAUGUCUCAAGCUCCUUGCAUCUCCUCGGUUUGCGGACAAACGACUAGGCUAUCUCGGGACUAUGCUUUUGCUGGACGAGAAUCAAGAAGUUCUUACAUUGGUCACCAACUCUCUGAAGAAUGACCUGAACCAUUCCAACCAAUAUGUUGUCGGCCUGGCCCUUUGUACCCUCGGCAACAUCGCGUCCGUGGAGAUGUCAAGAGAUCUCUUUCCCGAAAUCGAGACCCUCAUUUCAACCGCCAACCCCUACAUUCGCCGGAAAGCCGCAUUGUGCGCAAUGCGGAUUUGCAGAAAAGUGCCAGAUCUGCAAGAACAUUUCCUCGAGAAGGCCAAGCUGCUCUUGCAGGACAGGAAUCACGGAGUCCUGCUAUGCGGCAUUACAUUGAUAAGCAGCUUGUGUGAGGCAGACGAAGCCGAAGGUGGCGAAGAAGGCGUCGUGGAAAGUUUCCGCCCUGUCGUUAACCAUCUUGUGCGCACAAUCAAAACUCUGACCUCCUCGGGGUACACUCCGGAGCACGACGUCUCAGGGGUAACGGACCCGUUCCUGCAAGUCAAGAUAUUGAGACUUCUCAGGGUCCUUGGUAGAGGGGACGCCACGAGCAGUGAGCAGAUGAACGACAUCUUGGCACAGGUCGCCACAAACACGGAAUCCACAAAGAACGUGGGCAACGCGAUUCUAUACGAGGCCGUAUUGACCAUCCUCGACAUUGAGGCCGAUUCCGGCUUGCGUGUCUUGGGCGUGAAUAUCCUGGGCAAGUUCCUGGCCAACAAAGACAACAACAUCCGCUAUGUGGCUCUCAACACACUGAUCAAAGUUGUCGCCAUCGAACCAAAUGCUGUUCAGCGACAUCGAAAUACAAUUUUGGAAUGCUUGAGGGAUCCGGACAUCUCGAUACGGCGAAGAGCGCUGGAUCUCAGUUUCACACUGAUCCGUGAAGACAAUGUCCGGGUACUCAUACGAGAAUUGUUGGCAUUCUUGGAAGUGGCCGAUAAUGAGUUCAAGUCGGUCAUCACAACACAGAUUGGUAUCGCAGCAGAUCGAUAUGCUCCCAACAAGCGUUGGCACAUUGAUACAAUGCUGAGGGUCGUUAAGCUUGCAGGAAACUACGUCAAGGAGCAGAUUUUGUCAUCCUUUAUUCGGCUCAUUGCCACAUCCCCAGAUCAGCAGACCUACUCCGUGCAAAAGCUAUAUGCUGCACUCAAAUCCGACAUCACGCAGGAAGCACUUACUUUGUCUGGUGUUUGGGUCAUUGGCGAGUACGGAGACGCACUGCUUCGAGGAGGGUCCUACGAGGAGGAAGAACUGGUGAAAGAAGUCAAGGAGAGUGACAUUGUGGAUCUGUAUCAGACCAUCCUCAAUUCGACUUACGCUAACCAGGUUGUAACCGAGUUCAUCAUCACGUCUGCUAUGAAGCUUACGACAAGGAUGUCCGAACCGUCACAAAUCGAAAGAAUACGGCGAUUAAUGCAAUCAAGGGCGUCUGACCUAAGUGUCGAAAUCCAACAACGUGCUGUUGAAUAUGGCAACCUCUUUGGGUACGACUCGAUCCGAAAAGGCGUUCUCGAAAGAAUGCCCCCUCCAGAAAUCAAAGAGGAACAAAGGGUUUUUGGUCCGGCGGCCACUCCGGCCAAGGACAAGAGGAAGACUCUGAAGACGAAGACAAAUGUUAAAGUCUCGAAAACAACCGAGUCGGACAUGCUGCUGGAUCUUAUGGGUGGAUCAGAUCUUCCGGCGGUGGAUGCCAGUGCAACACUCAACGGCCAGCAGCAAACGGCAGAUUUGCUCGCAGACAUUCUCGGUGGCAAUCCCUCGGUGUCAAGUCCUCCGCCACAAACGAAGAGUUCACCACCGCCCUCAAAUACAGAUUCCAUCAUGGACUUGUUCAGUCACGGCACAGCCAAGAGCGCCAGCCCUGCUCCUUCUGGUACACCGGCACAUCCGGUCUACAACAAGAAUGGUCUGCAGGUCUCGAUACACGUAUCGAGGAGCAGUGCUGGAAUACAGACCCUUGCACGUUUCAAGAAUACCUCCAGUUUUGGACAAUUGACAGGUGUUGGACUACAGGCAGCGGUCCCAAAGAGUCAAAAAUUGACAUUGCAAGCUAUCAACAAGAGCACGCUCGAUGCUGGUGACGAGGCCACACAACCCAUGAAAAUCGUGGCGGCCACAGGGUCACUUCCUCCAAAGCUUCGGUUACGGCUCAAAGUCUCCUAUACGAAAGAUGGAGGUGCACCAGUGACAGAGCAAGUCGACUGGACGGAGCCUUGAAUGGUGGAUGUUGAAGAGCCUGCCAUAUACUCAUGAAUGUACAGCAAAUGUGAUGUCCACAACCCAACUUGAAGGAGCGCUGGGUCGCCAGCAUGAGUCCCCUGAAUAGCAACCAAAGAGACUGUCGCUCCAAAAGGGAUCUUACUGGGAAUGUUGCACAGGCCAACGCCAUGCGAAAAGUAGCAUUGCGGAUAUUCUGAAGCAGUCCAGCUAAGAUCGUUGAUUGUGUGAGAUAACCUGAUCCUAUCGCUUCUGUCAUCGUUGUUUACCCCCGACUUAAAACCUCGCCGUCGCCAACCGCGCCCGUAAUAUGCCAGGAAUGACUGGAAAGCCUGCUAUUAGCGUUACUCUGAUGGGCUUAAUGGCCUCCAUGUGACAGUCCCAGGAAGGGUGGUAGGAGAAGGUUCAAUGUUGAUAUAAGCUCAUGUAUUUUGUGUUCACGAGCUUCGGAGAAAGAGUCUGUGC